GGAACCACGUGACCGGACGCGCCGCCGGGGCCGGGUCGGGAUCGGGGCCGAGGCCGGGAACGAGCUCCGCUCCGGGAUGUUCCGCAUCGAGGGGCUGGGGCCCAAGAUGGACCCGGAGGAGCUGCGGCGGAAGAUGCGCCGCGACGUGCUGGCCUCCGUCCGCAACUUCCUCAUCUACGUCGCACUGCUGCGGAUCACUCCGUUCAUCCUGAAGAAGCUGGACAGCAUAUGAGCCCUGGGGGCCGGCGGGAUGGCCUGCAGCUGCUGCCCGUGUCGCCUGGGCGCGGCCCCGCCGGAGCGCUGCCUGUGCUGUGAAGAAAGGCCCGGCCCGCGCAGCUCGCGGCGGCAAUAAACGGGAGAGCGGCUGUGCCGCGGCCCUGCU